AUGGAGCUGCCGCUGCUGCUGGUGGUGCUGACUGGGAUCUGCGCGGGAAGGGUCCUAGAGACAGUCCCCUACACGCCCCAGAUCACUGCCAAGUCGCUGGAAGGGAAGCUCACCGCGACCACCUUCACGCUGGACCAGCCCAUCUGCAUCUUCGAUCAGUACGUGAACAGCACCGAUGACAUCUGGCUGGUCGUUGCCUUCACUAACGUCACAUCCCAUUUCAAAAAUCCAACCUCAAAGAUCCAAAUCCCUCCCUACCAGAAGCUAUCGACCGCUCUCCAUUACAUGACGCUGAAGACUUCCAUAGCCUUCUACCCAUGUGCUGAAAACAGGCCCCCUAGCGUGCUCCGGGUUGGCAGUGACACGUCCUGCAAAGACGACCGCAGCCUGGAGUACUGCAACGGACCCCUGCCUCAUCCCGGUCCCUACAGAGUGAAAUUUCUCAUCCUGGAUACCAAUGGGUCCAAGGCAGAGACAAGAUGGUCCCAACAAAUUAUACUGAAGCAAGGUCGCAAGGCGCGCUCCAUCGACACCUGGCCCGGGAGGCGCAGCGGCACCAUGGUCGUCAUCACUUCCAUCCUCUCCAGCUUCAUCGGCGUCCUGGUGAUCUUGUUCCUGUGCACGGUCGCCUACGAGUGCUUUAAGCUUUGGCGGCGAGAGGAGCCCGCGGUCCCGGAGGAGCCACGCGCCGGGUCCUUCAGAGAG